UGCGAAGUUCACUGUGUCCAUUCACAGUCACCUUCUAUGGUGCUAUGUUUCAAGAGGGUGAUGUGUGGAUUUGCAUGGAAAUAUUAGACACCUCACUGGACAAGUUUUACAAAAAAGUUUAUGAGAAAAAUGAGACAAUCCCGGAGGAAAUUCUUGGAUUUGUUGCAUAUUCUAUUGUCAAUGCUUUACACUAUCUACACACACAACUUAAAGUUAUUCAUCGAGAUGUGAAGCCAUCCAAUGUUCUUAUAGACCGAGCUGGUCAUGUCAAGAUGUGUGACUUUGGGAUCAGUGGACACCUUGAAGAUUCAGUUGCCAAGACGAUGGAUGCUGGAUGUAAGCCGUACAUGGCA